AUGGACGUGGAUUGGACCGUACCGAUUCACCCUGAUCAUUCCGAGCAAGGCAUGAGUCAAGAUACAACAUAUGACACCUUCCUCGAAGAGCAAGGUGCUAUGGACGCAACGUUAUGGGGGGAUGUACCCAUGCUUUCGAUCGAACCCAGACCCGACUCAGAGGACACAACUGGUCUAGAAGCAGAGUCGAUCAUGGACUGGGGAUGUUUGUGCGACUUCCCGCCCCUGUACUGCCAACAGCACGGCGUAUAUGGUAAUUUUUCCGUAGACAACGACUUGCCACUACCGUCCUUCGGCCCGGAGCAGACAACCACGUAUCCUGACGAUGUUAUGGAAUCGUUGGAACUCGCUCCAGGACGUCUUGAGCUUACCGAAGCAAACCGAAAUGACCAUUUUCUAUCUCCGAGUCCAUUUGAGAUGGGCCAUGCAAGACCGAAUUUGCCUUCGAACGACCAGACUCACUCAUAUACGGCCAAUCACUCUCGCGAUCCGAUCAAACCGCUGGUAAAGCAAGCAUCACGACGCUCAGACAUAUCUUCGAAGAACAGGACCAUCUUGUCAGCAUGCUUCUUGAAGAACCGCUACCCUGACACACGCGAGAUGAACGAGUUGCAGAAACGAACAAGUUUGGAUAAGAAAUGUGUCAAGACGUGGUUCAGUAACGCCAGACAACGGACGGCUCGUCUUCCUAUUUGGAAACCUUGA